AUGUCUCAUUCCGUGAUAAAAACGAAAUUUUGGAAUGCUCGUCCUCAGUCGCAUCAUACAUUAAAGACAAAAAGUAUCGUUUUUAGUCGAAAAAUUUUUUUCAUUUGUCUAUUAAAAUGUCUAUUUUUCUAUUAA